AUGGCCAUGGUACCGGAUUCCGAGGUUAAACCUACUUCAUCGUCUCCGCAACCGACUACACCUACUGGAGCCGCCAAUUCUGAUCCGAAAAAUGCCCCGCCGAUCAAGCGGCGAGCUCCCAUCGCAUGCCGAAGCGUCUUUCCUACCCGCGGAGACUCAGAUCAAGAUCGGCAGUUUAGACAUCCACGUCAGAGAGUCGAUAAGAAAACUAGAGGCAAUGCCAAAGUCAAGAAUGAACCAUCGGCUUUGCCUAGUCCCCCUCGGAAUUCACUUGCAGAUUACAAACCCCCCAAACCGGACAAUGAGUGGGAACUAUUGCCAGAGGUUGAUACCGUCGUGGAUGGUAUCAAUACAUUCACUAGGAAUUAUUUCCAACUAGGUUUCAUCCCGAAGAAGAUGUUUCCCAAACUCGUCAAGGAAAGCCCUUCAUCCGUCAACGUAUUUCUACUGCUAAGCAUUCUUGCUAUUUCUGCUAGGUUCAAUAAGACUAUGAUAGAUACCUACGGUAACGGCCUCUCAGCGGUAACCGAGUUUAUGCGCAGGGCGCAAUGCUUAGCAGUUCAUGAGCUAUAUAAGCAGCCUACUCUUGAAAGAUGCCAGGCGUUUUACGUGCUAAGCAUUGCCGAGCAAGGAAGCGGGAAAUCAAAUACAAGCUACAUCAGCGCAGGUAUUGCUUUCAGGAUGGCUGCGCUGAUGCGACUCCAUCGAGAGGAGGCGUAUAAUCCCAUCACAGAACAAUCGCCUUUGGCGCACCGAAUUAGGGCAGAGUCCGCCAGACGCACAUUCUGGAUGUUACAUAGCCAAGAUAAUCUUCAUUCCGGUCCAUAUAAGCCGUUAUCCCUUGACCCCAGCGACAUCACGGCCCUUCUUCCCAGCGAUGAAGCGGAAUUUGACACGGGUAAAAUUCCCAAGCAGCGUGCAGCUCUCGAUGGCACGCCACCCGCCCUCCAAGAUCCCAGCCUUAUCACACUUAAGCCAAGGUCCCUAUUCGCAUCACUAAUGCAAGUUCACAACUUAUGGGGAAUCAUUGCUCGACGACUUCUCCACAACAGAAAAUCUAGACGUCCAAACGACAGCUCUAGUGAAUACGCCAAGUUGAAUCGAAAGCUCCUGGACUUCGAACAAGGUCUCCCGAAUGAACACGCUUUUGAUAAAAUUCUGUUGAGUGACUACAAAAGCCUCGCAGAAGAUUUGGUUAACAUGAGAAUUAGUAUGAUUCGCCAUGCUCAAGGAAAUCCUGCUCAUCGUGAUUUCGCGUUUUACAAGAAAAUGGCACGGGAACUAUUCUUCAACGUCAGAAAGUUGUAUUCUCAGAUCGAAGCUCAUUAUGAACCCGGGGUCGAAGUAAAGAGAGUUGGCUCUCAAAUGGCUGGUUUCAUUAUUUAUGGCUGUGGAUUACUAGCAUCCUAUCUGUGCAAAUUCCCUCAAUUGGAUAUACACCACGCAGGACAAAGUAUUGACAGCAUACAAGCGGAAGGUCGCGUUAUGUAUACUCACAUUGUCACCAUCCUAAGAGAAUGCCAGAAAGCCUGGCCACUUGCGGAGACCUGGUGUAACGGUUUGGAGAAAUGGUACAGCGACCCAAAUCCCAAGAACUUAUCAUUUAAAAUCGGCACUAUGACCGAUGGCAAAGAACCUCAACCUUAUGCUCUUACUGUUAUGCAUCCUCGCACAACGACGAGCUACGCUCAGUCCGAAUCUGCUCGGCUUGGUCGGAUACGCUCCACGCCGCCAACGCCAUACGCAGACGAACGAGAGCAAUUCCGGGAAGACCCAGAACCUCAGCGACUAGCGCCGUUACAGCAGACACCGCCUGGUUUUGCACAGACAGUAUACCUCCCACCCUUAUCGCAGGCGCCAUACGGAACACUUCAACAAUCAGCUUCACCGCAACCAUUGCACCCGCAGAAUUACGCCCAACAAAUAUAUACAGGUUCUGGACUUGAGAUGCUUGCUGAAGCAUCUCAUCAAAUGCCUGAGCCGACGCCUACGACAAUGGAUCCUUACCAACACCAACCUGAUGCCUAUUACCACGAAUAUCCACCGACUACGAUCCUUAACGAUGGUUUCGAUAGUAACCUACAGAUGCUCGUGGACGGUGCUGGGGGGCACUGGCCCCCAACGGAUCCUGCCAACCUCGUGUACAGCGCGUACGAUAUUCCUAGUUAUCUUCGCCAGCCUUAG